AUGUGGGGCUGGUUUGGAGGCGGCGCUGCCGCCACAAAGAAGAAGGAUUCGGCCAAGAAUGCCAUUCUCGGCUUGCGCGCGCAGCUUGACAUGCUGCAAAAACGCGAGAAGCAUAUCAUGAACCAGAUUGAAGAACAGGAUCAGAUCGCCAGGAAGAACGUCAAUACAAACAAGACAGUGGCCAAGGCUGCCUUGCGACGCAAGAAGACGCAAGAGGGGACGUUGGACAAGACUAUCGCGCAGAUUGCGACGCUGGAGGCGCAGAUUAACUCGAUCGAAUCGGCCAACAUCAACCGCGAAACCCUGGCAGUCAUGGAGAAGUCUUCAGAUGCCAUCAAGGCCAUCCACCAAGGCCUGUCGCCGGAGAAAGUGGAUGAGAUCAUGGACAAAAUCCAUGAACAGAAUGCGCUUAGCGAUGAGAUUGUCAACGCGAUUACACAAAACCCGAUCGGCGAGCAGUUUGACGAUGCCGAGCUGGAGGACGAGCUGGAACAAAUGCAGCAAGAGAAUCUUGAAGAGCAAAUGCUGAACACGGGCCAGGUGCCCGUAGCAGAUGCAGUCCACAAGAUGCCCACACCAUCGCACGCAGAACCUAUAUCGAGCAAAAAGGUCGCCGUGGAGGAUGACGAGGAGGCUGAGCUUUUGAAGCUUCAGGCUGAAAUGGCAAUGUGA